AUGCCAUCAAAAAUCAGCAAAAGGAACCCUCGACGUCGAGACACCGACCUUGACAUAGACGACGAAGUAGCAUCCUGGGACUCGCUUUCCAACGCAUCGUCAUCCGGGAGUCGCAGCUCCUCCUCCUCCUCCUCCUCCUCAUCUUCUGACGGUGGUCUCACGUCAAAGCUUCCAACCCUCCCUGACCUUAGAUUUGAGCAAUCGUACCUGGCCACCAUCCGCAACUUCUUGCACGAAGACCCACCAUGCUCAACAUCACAAGACGACUCACCUGAGUUCAACGAAAAGCAAGACCUUACCGACGAGAAGGAGCAAGACCAUCAUCAUGAGGUCGAGAUCACACGAAGUAACGCUGACAAGAAGGGUCACGAGCUAUGGUUGGGUAACUUGAGAGUUGAACUGUUUCCCAUUCUGUACGUGACAAUUCGUGAUCAGCUGCUCACACCUUUGGUGCAGGGAGCAGUAUGGGGUCUGGGUGGGCUGCUCCUUACUCAAGUGAGACAGUACAUGUCGGCUAGAGUCAAGGUUGCAAAGAUGAGCAAGGGAAACGCAGGGCCAAGAGGAUCCAAUCCGAACAUUUUGCGUUCCCUCGGUCUCAGCAAGAGGUGA